GAGCAACAAUAGAGAGAGGAGAGAGGGAUCUGUAUCCACUGACGAUCUCAGGAGGAAGAUAGUGUCUCAGGCAGCGGCUGCUGGACACUUUUGAACUUAUAAUCAAAGAGGACUGAUCUCUUCUCUCUGUUUUUGGAUUUAAACUCGCCCGAUCAUUUCUGGAUAGCUUCUUCCAGAGUUACUUUUCAAGUGUGCUAGUAGAAAUCGUUGGUUUUACUUGUUGCGCAGAGAUGUUGCAGGUGAUGUAAUCAGUUUAGGGUGAGUUGAACUAAAACAUAUCAUUCAUCCAACGUCGCUUACCGAGUUGGUUCCUUUUUUGGAUCACUGACGAAUACACAGCAUGGACCUGAGACCGGAGCUCCCGACAGCAUCCUCCGCUUCACAGGUUCACCAGGCGGCCGCAGCUGCAGCCUCCAUCCCGGUGUCCAUGGCCAGCAACCUGCUGCGCGGUCCUCCUCUUCUACUGCGCGCCGCGGACAAGUAUCCGCGCACCCCAAAGUGCGCCCGCUGCAGGAACCACGGCGUGGUCUCUGCGCUCAAAGGCCACAAGCGCUACUGCCGCUGGAAGGACUGCAUGUGCGCCAAGUGUACGCUGAUUGCGGAGAGGCAGCGGGUGAUGGCUGCGCAGGUGGCGCUGCGGCGGCAGCAGGCGCAGGAGGAGAACGAAGCCAGAGAGCUGCAGCUGCUCUACGGCACCGCGGAGGGCCUGGCCCUGGCCGCCGCUAACGGCAUCAUCCCUCCGCGGCCCAAUUAUGAGGUGUUCGGCUCUGUCAACAGCGAAAGCAACUCCGAGUCUAGUAUCCAGAAGUAUGAGCUGUUUCCAAAGACCCCGCUGUCCAGGUCAACCACCCCUCAGAAGUCUGUUGGGAAACCUGCGUCCACAGAGAGCGACUCUGCACCGGGCAUGUCUUCUCCAGACGGCCGCCACGGAGCGGGCUCAGGCUCAGAGAACGGAGACAGUGAGUCUUUCAUCAACUCACCAGUGGCCAAGCCAUUAAAGGACGGAGAGGAAACUCCUGGCUCCGUCAGCUCCCUCGGCUCGGACUCCGGUUCAGAGACGGACAAAGACGAGCAGGAUCCCUCCCCGUCCUCCGCGGCAUCCCGCCAGAUGAACGCCAUCGACAUCCUGACGCGGGUGUUCCCCAGCCACAAGCGCAGCGUCUUAGAGCUGGUCCUGCAGGGCUGCGGCAAAGAUGUGGUUCAGGCCAUCGAGCAGAUCCUCAACAACAGCGGCGCACAUGCCCCCAGCAAGGCCGGACCGGAGGAGACGUGGACGGCGGAGAGGAUGCUUCAGAGCGCGCAGCAGCCUCCCGCUGCUACAUCUGCGGCCGCAGCCACAGCGACGAGGCCGAUGCUGCCCGGAGCCAUGACGCUGAGUAACCGCUCUGCGUUUUCUCCGCUCCAACCCAACGCCCCGCACUUCGGCGCAGAUCCUGGUACCUACCCACUGGGUACUCACCUGGGACUGAACCCGCUGCGGUUGGCCUACUCUGCGCACAGCCGGGGACUGGCUUUCAUGACGCCCUACUCCACCACCGGGCUCAUGCCCACAUUGGGCUUCAGACCCCCUAUGGACUAUGCUUUUAGCGACCUGAUAAGGGAGAGGACAAUAAUGCACAAGGAGCAAGGCUAUGCCGGCGGCCUUUACGGGCCUUUAGUGAACAACACGCCGGACAAACAGUGAGACUAGACUGAAAAAACAACAACAAAACACUUCAUUGUAUUGUAAAAAAAUUGUGAUGUGUUCUGGCUGCUCUCUGUGUGUAUCAGGCAUAAUUGUUCUGGGGGGAAAACUAAACCUAAUUAUGUGUAAGUUUAAAACCUAUUUUAUAUGUUAGAUUGCAGAAAUUUGGACACUUUCCCCCAUUUGUCACUUUCAUGAAAUUAUUACUAACAAUCUCCAAGUUCCAUUGAGCUUGGAGAAACUCAGACUUUUAAAGGCAGGUUUUAUGUGAAAAUAUAAUGAGAUCAAUAUUUAUCAUUGGCUUUGAAUUUUCUUUUACAGUCAACUGCCACAACAAAUUGGAUAAUGAACCAGUAUUGUGUGCAGGUGCAGGCCCUUUUCCCUUGUUUUUUUUUUGUGUAUAAUUUUAAAAAUCUCUCCGUUUGCUUGUAUUAUAUAACCAAAUGCAUUUGACAUGGAAUUUAGUUUUGAUUUCUUAUCUAUGCGUUAAUCAGACCCACUUCAAAUGUUAAAAUAUGUUCUGUCAAAUAAACAUACUGAAAAUAAAUGUUAUUUUAAAAA